GAAGGAUAUUUGACUAUCUAGUUCAUCAAUUGUUUGUGUUUAAGAUAAACGUUUUAAUUAAUGAUAAUUUUUAUAUACAAAUCAAAUAAUUACGAUUUUUAUCGUCAAUUAAUAAUCAGCCCUGUUUUGAAUUAGCACCAGUGGUAACUGAUAAAGUGUAAGAUUUAUCAUUAAUCAAGGGCUCGUAUAAAGCAAUCUAUUAUUGAAAAAUAAGUUAAUUCAUUAUUCAAGUGCGUUGAAAGCAUGAAGGGUACGAAGACAACAGCGUUGGUUUUGGCGGUGCUGCUUAUUGCCGCCGAAGGCAAUGUUGCCAAAUAUAAUCAUGUAGCAAAAUUGUAUUUUGAUGAUAUUUCACCAUCUAUUGGAAAGGACGUAAGUCCAAAAUGGAAUCUAGGUCAAACGGCAACAGUCAAUGAUUACGUGGACAAUACCAUCUCUAUGCUUGUACCUUUCAUGCAAGAAAAUGGCUUGGAUCCCAUGUUUCUACCCGAUAUUGUUGAAGGUUUUGAAGUGCGACUCUUACUCAUCACAUAUAGCGCAUGGUUGAAGCUUCAAAAUGGAAGUAUGACGGGUCUCGUUAAUGUCUCUCGAUUUGAAGAUCAGCUUGUAAAUUACUUUGCUAAGAUGUUGCGUGUUAAGGUCCAGCUUCAAUUUAGCGAUCUUGAGUUCAAUUAUGAUUACCUUGUAAAGGUCAUGAACAUUGGUCCCACGGGACGAAUUGUUGGUUCAUUGGAUCGCUUUAGAAUAGUUGCCGAUAUCUUAAUAGAUUUCAAUAAUGACGAAAUUCACUUACAACAGUUCUCGCUAACGGAUGUCGGACGCCUACGAGUAGCGCUACGUGGAAAUGUUCUCACUGAUUGGCUUGUCAACCCAGUUAUCAGAGUCUUCACGACUCUCUUCAAUGGUAUCAUCAUGUGGACCGUUGAGUCAACAAUACGUAAUGUGGCUCAAUCUGCUAUCACAGACAUCAAUUCUGCUAUUCGUGAAGUUAUCAACCAGAUCGAGUCUUACAAUUAUUAGAUGCAAAAUGUGUUAACCAAUAACAUUUUAUUAUUAAAUAGAUAU